ACCUCUGCCCCUGAGAUGUUGAGAGGUCCGGGCACAGAGAUGUAGACUGGAUGGCUCCAUGGACAGUCCAGCCCUGGCGGCUUUUCUGGUUUUGCAUGCUCUCCUUGCCAAUGUCAGCAAGGAAACACAAAACCUCUUCUUAGCACAAAUCUGACCCACCAGGAAGCUUGGAAAGGCAUGUACCUCCCUCCUGGACCACACUGGAACUCAAAGAGGCCUCCUUAGACCCUCCUCUGCCCACACUUCAUACACCAAGUACCCACAGCUUCUACAAGCUCUUCUGCCUCUGUGGGACUGGAGGAUGAAAACGAGUCACCCUCCAGGACACAGGUGCAGGCAGUGGAGACUGAGGGAUCUAGGUGGGGUAUGUUUGGUUGGUAGAGGGCUUGUCUAGAUAGAAGUAGGGGGUUAGAAGUUCAAAGGUCAUCCUCAACUACAUAGGGAGUUCCAGGUCAGCCUAGGCUAUACGAGACCCUAUCUUGAGAAGAGAAAAAAAGAAAGAAAAGAAAAGAAAGAUUGAGGGACCAGAAGGUGAGGACUGCCCACAAGGCUGCCAGGUAGAAAUGGAACUGAGAUUUUUUUGUUUUGUUUUUUUGUUUUUGUUUUUGUUUUUGUUUUUCGAGACAGGGUUUCUCUGCGUAGCUUUGCGCCUUUCCUGGAAUUCGCUUUGGAGACCAGGCUGGCCUCGAACUCACAGAGAUCCGCCUGCCUCUGCCUCCUGAGUGCUGGGAUUAAAGGCGUGCGCCACCACCACCCGGCCAAUUUUUUUUUUUUUUUUAAUUUAUUUAUUAUGUACAUAGUGUUCCGCCUGCAUGUGUCCCUGCAGGCCAGAAGAGGGCAUCAGUUCUCAUUACAGAUGGUUGUGAGCCACCAUGUGGUUGCAGGGAAUUGAACGCAGGAACCCUGGAAGACAGCCAGUGCUCUUAACCUCUGAGCCAUCUCUCCGGCCCCAGAGACAUUUCUGAUAAUGAAAGAGACAGUGUCCUGAACUUGCAGCUUGCAGUUCGCCUACUCACUGGGAGCCCCCAGGCCCAGUCUGUACUGGCCUCCUCUCCAGCAGCAGACUGCUUUGUGAGGAAGGUCCUGGAGGGAGGAGGGGCAGGUGGUAUCCUGGACUCCUCUCAGCCCUCUGGCCUUGUCUAGAGUGGCUUUAAUUUGUUGUGGUGAUUGGCCAGGCACGUGCAGAUGUGGGGACACUUAGGCUUCCUGUGAGGUGUAACUGGAUCCCUCUGAGCUGCAGGUAGAGGGCCUGUGUGGUCCUAACCCCUGGCCUGAUCUCCACCUCUCAGUCCCCUCCCCUGCCUUUUUACAUAAGACCCGGCACUCAGGACCUUGGGUAGGGCCCUUGGCCAUGGCCUUCACAGACCUGCUGGAUGCUCUGGGGGGUGUGGGUCGCUUCCAGUUUGUCUAUACCACUUUGCUGCUGCUGCCCUGCGGGCUGCUGGCCUGCCACACCUUCCUGCAGAACUUCACUGCGGCGGCACCCCCCCACUACUGCCAGCCUCCUGCCAACCACACAGAGGCUGCCACCAAUGACUCAGGGGCCUGGCUGAGGGCCACCAUACCCCUGAACCAGCAUGGAGUCCCCGAGCCAUGCCAGCGCUACACAGAGCCUCAGUGGGCCCUUCUGAAAUCUAACACCUCCUCCCACGGAGUGGCCACCGAGGACUGCAAGGAUGGUUGGGUCUAUGACCGAAGCAUUUUCCCAUCCACCAUCGUGAUGGAGUGGGACCUGGUGUGUGAGGCCCGUACCCUCCGUGACCUGGCUCAGUCCAUCUACAUGUCUGGGGUGCUGGUAGGCGCUGCCUUGUUUGGCAGCCUAGCAGACCGGUUGGGUCGCAAGGCCCCACUGGUCUGGUCAUACCUGCAGCUGGCAGUUUCGGGGGCUGCCACAGCAUAUGUUGGCUCCUUCAGUGCCUACUGUGUCUUCCGGUUCUUGAUGGGCAUGACCUUCUCCGGCAUCAUCCUCAACUCCCUCUCCCUGGUUGUCGAGUGGAUGCCGACCAGGGGCCGGACAGUGGCGGGCAUCUUGCUGGGCUUCUCCUUCACCCUGGGCCAGCUCAUCCUGUCUGGCGUGGCCUACCUGAUCCGCCCCUGGCGGUGGUUGCAGUUUGCUGUCUCUGCUCCUUUCCUGGUCUUUUUCCUCUACUCUUGGUGGCUUCCAGAGUCACCCCGAUGGCUCCUCCUUCAUGGCAAGUCCCAGCAAGCUGUGAAGAACCUUCGGAAGGUGGCCAUGAUAAAUGGCAGGAAGGAAGAAGGGGAAAGACUGACUAUAGAGGUGGUGAGCUCCUACAUCCAGAGUGAGUUUGCAAGUGUCCGUACCUCCAACUCCAUCUUGGACCUCUUCCGAACCCCGGCCAUCAGAAAGGUCACAUGCUGUCUCAUGGUCGUCUGGUUCUCUAACUCCGUGGCUUACUACGGCCUGGCCAUGGACCUGCAGAAGUUCGGGCUCAGCAUCUACCUGGUACAGGCUCUAUUUGGGAUCAUCGACAUCCCAGCCAUGCUGGUCGCCACUACCACCAUGAUUUACGUGGGACGACGGGCCACAGUGGCCUCCUUCCUCAUCUUAGCCGGGCUCAUGGUCAUCGCCAACAUGUUUGUGCCUGAGGGUCUGCAGACCCUGCGGACAGUGCAGGCAGCCCUGGGCAAAGGCUGCCUGGCCAGCUCCUUCAUCUGCGUGUACCUGUUCACAGGAGAACUCUAUCCCACAGAGAUCAGGCAGAUGGGAAUGGGCUUUGCCUCUGUCAACGCCCGCCUCGGAGGCUUGGCGGCACCCCUGGUCACCACGCUUGGUGAGAUCAGCCCCAUCCUUCCGCCUGUGUCCUUUGGUGUCACUUCAGUCUUGGCUGGAAUGGCUGUCACCUGCUUCUUGACUGAGACCCGAAAUGUGCCCCUGGUGGAAACCAUUGCUGCGAUGGAGAGAAGAGUCAAAGACGGACAAUCCAAAAGAGACGCAGAACAUAAGAGUGAAGAAAUUUCUCUUCAGCAGUCGGGGGCUUCUGCCCUCAAAGAAACCAUUUGAGCUCCCAAGAGCCUGUGCAGGGAGUGAGAGAGAGUGUCCAAGUCCUCCAGGGGAUCCUAGUGCAGAACUCCACACAGAGCCGGAGGACUUCACGGACUUUCCUGCAGAGCCAUACCCAAGCCCAAGCGGAAAGCAGAAGCAACCUGCAGGGACCAAAGGAAAGCACGCUGUCUGCUGCAAUAAAAGCACCACUUUCCAGGUC